UGACUGGGUAGGAUGAUACGUAAAUCAUGUGACUGAAUGAGGCUCAAACUCAGCCAAGAAACUGAGAAGAGUGGGAGCCUAGAAACCCGACACAGACUUCUCUGUACCAGGCAGGCAGCCACAUCACUGACCUUGAUGUUGGCCCCAACGCCCGUAGUCACCAUGGACUGUGGCAUGAUCACCUCCAAGACAGUGCUUCUGCUGCUCAGCGUCAUCUUUUUGGCUGCAGGAGCCACCCUUGGCUUUGUGGGAGGACACUUCAUCUCAUCCUAUGAGGACUUUGAUGCCUUCUUCAGGGAUGAACAGAUCUUGUUGCCUGCCAUCAUUAUCAUAAUAGUUGCUGGUGUGAUGCUUUUCCUUGGGGUGACUGGUUGCUUUGUCACAAUCAAAGAAUCCCAAAUUGGCCUGCGAUUUUUCCUAGCCAUUCUUUUGCUGAUGUUUAUCACGGAAGCAGCAGCUUUUGUUUUGGGAUUCAUUUAUCGGGAGAAGGUAGUGGCAGAGGUACAAGAGACUAUGGAUGAACUCUUUCAAACAUAUGGUAAGGAAAAGCCAGAGACAGAGAUGGUGGAUUUCUGGCAAUCUCAGUUUCAAUGCUGUGGUGUUAAGAACUACACCGACUGGGUUAAUAGAGAUUGGUUCAACCACACCGGAAAUAGCAGUGUCCCUCAGAGUUGCUGCAAACAAGAAUUUAAGAAUUGUAGUGGACUCCUCAGUGAGCCUCAAGAACUGAAUACAGUGGGUUGUGCUGGGGUGAUGGAAUUACGAAUAAAGGAACUUAUCAAUUACUUCAUGAUUUUCAUCCUGGGAUUUGCUGUUGUAAAGUUUUUUGGAAUGCUGAGCAUCUUGGUGAUUGCAUGCAGGCAAGAAGAGAAUGGCUACCGACCCUUGAACUCUGGAGUGUAUGCUUGAAAAGAGAUGAGCACAUGAAACUUCACUGAAUCAUUCAAACACAAGUGGCUUUUACAGACUGACCCCAAAGAAUAUUAAAACUCUAUGGAUAAAUGUUUUUAUUCAUCUGGACUGAAGAUGAUGAGCUCUGGAAUUUGUCAUUCCUUACCACUCUGUUCUCCCAUACCACUCUGACACACAAUCAGCAAUAUAUGAGAAAUAAGACUUGAUUAAUUGAAUCUACAUCUAAGUCACCUAGGAAUUAAUAUAGUCUGUAAAAAUACCACAUUAAUGGGGGACAGUUAGUUCCAUGGGAACAGUGCUAUAAAUGAGUGUCAGAUGGAACAUUGGAAAUUUGGGCCUUGAUGGUGGAAUUUUAUUAUUAUAUAUUGGUUAUGACAACUUUAUGACUAUACUGCUACUUAGCUUUUUAAAUUAUGAAAUAUUUCAACUGUGUCUGGGCUUAAGUUGGCAUGCCACACAUCUAAGUGGGUUGUUUUGGUUGUUUAAAACACUAAAUUAAGUUAUAACAAAAUUGAUUGUUAAAUGCUAACCUAACUGUGGUUUGAUUCAGCUGUAUUGUUUUGACAAGAUUAUUGCUUACUAAUUCACCUCAUUGUGAAAUACCUGCCCAGCUCAUAAUAAACAAACCCAGUUCUCUUCCUUAUUUAAAUUCCAUGGGUUUCUCUGAUAAAAAGUACAUGUCACAGAAUGACAGAUCACAAAGAGUUAAAAGAGAUUUCAGAGUCCUAAAUCCACCUUGUCUGUAUUUGACUGAGAAUCCCUUUGACAACAUCCUCAACAAGUUUUCAGUAAGUUUUUAAAGAAAAGAGAAUAGUUGAAACUUUUUCUUCACAUUAUGUAAAAGUUGUCUUCUAGAUGAGUCCUUUUACUUUAAAUGUAACAUUCCUGUAACCUACUUUUCAAGCAACAAAGGAAAUGUGAAUUGAGUUUAAAACAUUUUGAGGUUUUUCUCGCUAUGAGGAUGAUAAAUGAGUGAUUAGGUAGUUGUAGGUAACUAUUGGCUCUUUUUGGUGGUAGUAGUAUGUUAGCCAUCUUUUGUUAACAAAUUAUAGACUUUUUUCCCCCCUUUUCCUUUGCUUUGCUUUCUUUUUUCCUUUCACUGUUCCCUCUCCCUCCACCUUUGUCUGGCAGAUCAGCAUAGAAGGUUUAUCCUACUUCCUUUCUUCAUCCUGGACUAGUUCACAGCUCCUUAGGCAAUAAAGUGGCCGUCCACCCUAAGGGACUCUCUACAUUGGUUCCAGACUUCGUGUGGACACCUGGUUGCCCCUUAGAGGUCCACCAGCUUCAGUCCUCCCCAGCAGUACCAUUCUGCUUGGCCAAAUUUUAGACAUUUUCAUGCUCACAAUUGUCCUCUAUCAUCUUCCAUCUCAUUUUAGAUUUUGAAAUAUUAAUUAAGACUUAUUUAGGCUCACAUGCAUAGAUGAACCAAUUACAAUGCUGUCAGAUUACAAUUAAAAUGUUUCUUUAGGAUUUAGGUUACCUGAAAAACAGACAGGCUCUAAUAUGCUUCUCUCUUAAGGAAAUAAAGACUUCCCUUGUGUGAGAAGAUUUUCGCUUCAGAUUAGUAGCUUAUAUAUUUUUUUUCAAAAUUCUAGACGAUAUGGAUAUCUUUUGGACUUUAGGCAGUUAUAAAAGACCUCUUUGUGGCUUUCAGAGAUCAGGUUUUAAAUUAUUCAGUGCUGGUUUUGAAGUACUAGAGAGUUGGAAUUAUUUUAUAUGAAGCUGAAUCUUUAGGUAACAACAGAAAAAAACAAACUUUAAAAAAGGCAAUUGUCUUAAAUAAGAUAUAUGUAGAGGCUCCUCAAACAAUGCUAUAUUAAAAGAACAAAUUACUUUCCACAAAAUUUCUUAUGAUUCUCCUAAUUAUGCAAUUAUUCUUACUCUGUUAUAUCACUAGGUAAUUAAUGUCUUUUAAUUUAAACUUUCAUGUACUGAGCACUGUCUUUACUAAUUCUUCAAAAAUCACCCUGAAUUAAUUUUAACAAGCUAAUAAAAUAUAGAACACCUAAAUA